AUGGGUAAUCAGUUGCUACAAGCAAAGUAUUCUAGUGUAGGUAUCAAUCAUCUGAUCAGGAAUGGGUCAGAUUAUGCUCCUAUGUUAAUUUCCUAUACGAGAGACAAUAGAAGUAUCAAAAAACCUUUUAUGUUUUUGAACUUUUGGGUAAAGAAUGAAGGUUUCAUAGAGUUGAUUAAACAAAAUUGGACAGCUGAUUUUAUGGCAAAUCCUUUCAUACUUUUUCAUCAUAAACUGAAAAAAGUGAAAGCAGCUUUGGUACAAUGGAGUAAAGCAAAUUUUGGGAAUAUAUUCCAAGAAAUUGAGGAUUUUGAAGAGGUCAUUAAGGUGAAAGAAGCACAAUUUCAGAGUCUGCCAACUCCAACAAAUAGACAGGAAUUGCAUAAAGUUCAGAGGAGAAGGAAAAGGAUGCAGAUAAGAAGAAUUCAAGGGGCCGAUGGGAAUUGGAUAGAAGAAGAAGAGGGAAUAAUUGCUGAAGCCAUCAGAUGCUACACUUCUCAAUUUACAAAGGAAGAAGAUCCAAAAGAUUUUGAAAUUCUAAUUCACUUGCCCAGAAUGAUUUUUGAGGAUGAUAAUUUGUGGUUUGAAGUAGAACCAACUAAAGAAGAGGAAAUUAUUGGAGAGGAUGUUACCAAUAUGAUAAAGGAUUUCUUUUGUGGAGCAGAACUGCCCAAGUUUUUUACUUAUACUAACCUGGUCUUAUUACCAAAGAAGGAGAUGGUUAACACAUUUUAUGAUAUGAGACCAAUUAGUUUGAGCAAUUUUGUGAACAAAAUCUUUUCUAGACUGAUUCAUGGGAGAUUGGUGUCAAAAUUAUCUGAUAUUAUAUCACUCAAUCGGUCUGGAUUUGUUAAAGAUGGAAGUAUUAUGGAGAAUAUACUGUUGACUCAAGAAAUUGUGUCUGAUAUAAGGCUGAGGACAAAAGAUGCAAAUGUGAUAAUUAAGUUGGAUAUGGCAAAGGCUUGUGACAGGGUAUCUUGGUUGUUCUUAACUAAGGUACUUAAGCAGAUGGGAUUCUCAAAGAAGAUUAUAGACAUGGUCUACAGGAUUGUUAAAAAUAACUGGUACUCUGUGUUGGUAAAUGGGCAGCAGCAAGGUUUCUUCCAAUCUACCAGAGGAGUAAAGCAAGGGGACCCUCUUUCCCCUACUUUAUUUAUCCUAGCAGCUGAGGUCUUAUAUAGGAGCCUGAAUGCACUUCACCAGAAAGUCCAGUUUAAGGGUUUUGGUAUGCCUAAAUGGAGUCCAAAAGUAAAUCAUCUUGCCUAUGUUGAUGAAAUGAUCAUCUUUACUUCAGCAGAUGUGGUAUCUUUGUAA